CGGUCGGGCCGUAAACCUUCACCAGUGUUACGAUCAUCGAUACCGAUACACUAUAAUACGGAUACAGUAUCAGCACAGUUAAACACACACACACACACAUACGCGUUGUACAAAUAUGUUUCGAUCAUCGUCGUCUAGUAUCGCCAUGAAUAUGUUCGUGAUCACCGUGUGCGCGUGCGCCGCCGCUCUGGCCGUCCCGGAAGACGCGGCAGCCGGCAGGAGAGCGCACGUGGUCGGAUCGGACGUGACGGCCCCGGUGAGCAUGACGAAGCGGGACGCGCCCAUUCCGAACGUUAGCGAGGACGUGCUGGAAAAAGCGCUCAACGACAGGAGGUUUGUGCAGAGACAGCUCAAGUGCGCGACUGGUGAGGGACCGUGUGACCCCAUCGGCAGAAAAAUCAAAGCUCAUGCCCCGCUAGUGUUGAGAGGAAUGUGCGUUAAGUGCUCGCCUGCCGAAGUCAAACAGAUCCAACGCGUCAUGUCGCACAUACAGAAGAACUAUCCCAAAGAGUACGCGAAGAUGAUCAACCAGUACCAGAACGGAUUCUAAUCCCGUCACCGACUGUGAGGCGUGAUUCGUUUUCGACGAUCACCACUGCCAUCGCGGCCACUCUCGACGUAAUUUAUAUAAUACGUUUUUACGCGUAUAAUCGUAUCACAUAAUAAUAUCUUAUUGUAAUCAAAAAAAAAAAAAAAAACAUAAACGGUCAACAAGGUUUACUAGACUUGACUAGAAUAAGUACACACUACGUGUAUAAUAACGUGUGUGUUAUAAUUAUUACUAUUUUUUUUUUUUACAUUUAUUUUCUAGUAUAAUUGUAUUGUUAUUUCCUUUUUUCGCUAUGUAAAUAAACGACUGAACAUAGUUUUAAACGUAAA